AGAGAGAUUAUAUCUCCGAAAUUUGGUGUGUUAAUAAUAUUUCCAGAAUGAACGCUGGCCAAGGGAGUAACCAACCGAAUGAUCCUGCAGGAGCACAAAAGCAAAUGACAUACGGGCUCCCGUAAUGCAGGACAAUGAUUAUUCUGAUCGAAACCAGAAGGCAGAGCUUCUCGUUGUAAAUGUCAGAAAAUAUACAGAUUGCAAAACCCUAGAAUUCAUCACACUUCAGAGAAAACCAGGUUUCUAUUCCGUAAAGUUCGUUAGAACACUGAGGAGAUCAGCUGUAAAAGCCCUGGCGUUUAUUUGAAAAGUUUAGAGAUCGUGUCUAAAACCCUAUAAGUCACGCUACUGAUACGAAAUUAGGUAUGUUAAUCAUGGAGUUCAUCUGGUUCGCGCUAGAGUCAGGUAUCUGAAUGUGGGCUCUUACCAGAGCAACGGAGGCGUGUAAACCCUGGAAAUCGGUGGAUUGUAGAGAUUAAAAUGUGCUCUAUAAAGGAAAUGCUCAUUACCUCAAGCUACAGUCGUUGAAAUCCUUGAAGGAGUAUAUUGGACGGGGUUUUAUGUUGUGUAUUGCUUCUCUUGUUAGUUCGUGGAUGCCCGAGAGGAAAUAAUUAGGGGUUUAUAUGCAUUUUCCUGAAAGGCUUGUGCUUGAGUUUGAAAUGGAGCAUUCAUCACUAUUAAUGCAUGAUCCUGAAACGUCUGGAGGCGGAACCAAUGAUCUUUCUAGGGUUUAUGCUGAUUCUCAAUGGUCUGCUAAAGAAAUCCCAGACUUUUCUAGGGUUUCUUCAAUGAACAGUAGAUCCUUUAAUGAUACGACUAUCCAACCACAAUUUCAGCACUCUAUUGAUGGUGGAAGCGACAGGAGGUUGGCUUUCUCUCGCAAUUCGUCUUUUCGAAAGCCCGAUAUUACAGUAUUUACACCUCGACCUUUAGUCCUUCGGAGCGUUUCCAAUGUUCAAAAUAGUUCUUCAGAACAGGGAAACGCCUGGAGAGGGGACUUAGUUGAUAUGUUUCCAUAUGAUAAAUCCUCGUUCAAAGAGGAGAGCAGCUUUGACGUGAAGAAUUCCCUUUUGAGGGAUAUACUGACUGUUAUUCCUGUUAUGAGAUCGGGAAGCCGGCCUAUGAAGCGGCUCUCUGUGAUGAUUUUGCUGAACGUGGCUUAUUCCACUACAGAAUUGCUUAUUGGCCUUUUCACUGGGCGUGUGGGUUUGGUGUCAGAUGCUUUUCAUUUGACAUUUGGUUGUGGCCUUUUAACUUUUUCAUUAUUUGCCAUGGCUGCUUCCAGGAAGAAACCUGAUGAAAUUUACACCUAUGGGUACAGAAGGCUUGAAGUCCUUUCUGCUUUCACCAAUGCUCUGUUUCUUUUGUUUAUGUCAUUUUCCCUUGCUAUAGAAGCGCUUCAUGCAUUCAUACAAGAUGAGUCUGAGCACAAGCAUUACUUGAUUGUUUCGGCUGUGACAAAUUUAUUGGUGAACCUGCUUGGCGUCUGGUUCUUUCGGAGCUAUGCACGGAUAAAUAUAGUUUACAGGAAACCUGAAGAUAUGAACUAUCACUCUGUCUGCUUACACGUCCUUGCUGAUUCUAUCAGAAGUGCGGGCCUGAUCCUUGCGUCAUGGUUUUUGACCCUUGGGGUAGAGAAUGCAGAAGUCAUAUGCCUGGGGCUGGUUUCAAUUGCAGUUUUCAUUGUUGUUAUGCCACUAUUUAAAGCAACGGGCAGUGUUUUGCUACAGACAGCACCAUCCAGUAUACCAUCUUCAGCUCUUGCUAAAUGCUGGCGGCAGAUUAGUGCUCUUGAGGAUGUAUCGGAGGUCUCCCAAACUCGGUUUUGGGAGUUGGUUCCUGGUUAUGUGGUUGGGACGCUAUCGAUACAGGUGAAGAAUGGAGCGGAUGAUCACCAGAUACUUCGACAUGUGCAUAGCUUGUACCAUGAUAUAGGAAUCCAAGAUGUGACUGUUCAAACUGAGUAUGUAUAAAUAUUUCUUUUUAGGCAUUCAAACGCCUUCUUAUGAUGAAUUAUAAUUUUUUAAUGAAAUUUCUAAUAAAAUGUAAGUUAUCAAUUUUCGGUA